AUGGUUACUAAAAAUAUUCAAGAUCCACCUCCAUGGAUUAUAGGUCAAGCAAAAACAUCCAGUAACAUAAAAAACAGCCUCAGUAAAAAAGAAAAUCCGCAUAUCAUUAAGACUAAAGCGUUAGAGUACAUCGACAAUGCAUAUAAAAAUCAUUUAAAAAUUUACACCGAUGGCUCAAAAGACCCAGCUUCGGGUAAAACUGGAUAUGCUUUUCUAAUCCCAUCAAAGUUGAUUGCAAGCUAUAAACGAACGUCAGACAAUCUUUCCGUUUACACCACAGAAAUGACGGCCAUAUAUCAAUCAUUAAAGUGGGUAUUCUCCAAUCAACAGCCAGGGCAAAAAGUUGUUAUUCUAACUGAUUCAUAUAGUGCAAUCCAAUCUAUAAAUAAUAAUGCAUCAAGUAGACCCGAUAUUCUAGAACCAAUUCAAAUACUGGCUUGUCGUCUAAAACAAAAAAAUAUAGAAGUAACCAUAGAAUGGAUACCAGCGCAUGUUGGUAUCCUAGGUAAUGAACAGGUUGACAAACUAGCUAAAUUAGCACUAAGUAAUGAUAAGAUUGACCUUAACUUAAGUCUUAGUGCAAACGAAUUCAUUGCAAUAACAACAGCAUUAUAUAAGAAAAAGUGGCAAGCUAGAUGGGAUAACACAUGCUCCAUAUGGAGUCGUUCUAUAAAUACUGCAUACUAUGUACCUAAACCACAUUUGUUGAGUCUUCUUAUUAACAUGGGGCUGAUGUUAAUAUGGUCAGGUCCUCCAAGACAUGUUACUUUGAAAGAAUAG